AUGGAUAUCUACAGCUCCACGCUGUCGUCGGCGGUGGACAUCGGCGCCGGUUGUUAUCUGCUGUUUGUGGCCGUCUUCUCCAUCGUAGGAAACUUGCUGGUCCUCGUCAUGGCGGUCAAGAGGUCGUCGAGGAUGAAGCCGCCGGAGCUGCUGAGCGUGAAUCUGGCGGUGACGGACCUGGGAGCGGCCAUCAGCAUGUACCCUCUGGCCGUGGCCUCCGCCUGGAAACACCGCUGGCUCGGGGGAGACGCCACUUGCGUUUACUACGCCGUGGCCGGGUUCUUCUUCGGCAUCGCCAGCAUCAUGAACCUGACCGGCUUGGCCAUCGUGCGCUUCAUCGUGUCCCUCAAUCUGCAGUCGCCCAAUGAGAAGAUCGGCUGGAGGAAGGUGAAGCUGCUGUGCUUGUGGACCUGGCUGUACGCUCUGGUCUGGGCCGUGUUCCCCUUCGUGGGCUGGGGGCGGUACGGCCCGGAGCCCUACGGCCUGUCCUGCUCCCUGGCCUGGGGGCACAUGAAACACGAGGGCUUCUCCUUCGUCGUCUCCCUGUUCUGCCUCAACCUCAUCCUGCCGUGCGUCAUCAUCGUCUUCUGCUACUUCGGCAUCGCCGUCAAGCUCUAUUUCACCUACAGGACGUCGAAGAGCCACAGCAACCGGAUCCCCAAUAUUGUCAAGCUCCACCGGAGGCUGUUGGGGAUCGCCGUGCUCAUGAGCUUAGGCUUCGUGGUCUGCUGGUCGCCCUACGCCAUCGUAAGCAUGUGGUCCAUUUUACACGACAGCGGCAGCAUCCCGCCGGAGGUCAGCCUCCUGCCGUGCUUGUUCGCCAAGAGCUCCACCGUCUACAACCCUCUGAUCUACUACGUCUUCAGCCAGAGCUUCCGAAAGGAGGUGAAGCAGCUGUGGCUGUACUUCGGCUCCGCCCUUUGCCACGUCUCCAACGGCGACAACGCCACCAACAACGACGCCAACGACGACACCAGCGUUUACAUGGUUAACGCCCACGCCAAGACCAACGUGCAAGUAAUGUCUACUUUGGAAGAGAUCCCGGAGUGAAACAUUUUGGAGUGAAAGACAAGAAAGACUGGUUUGUUUUUUUUAAGCCUCGUAAAGUGCCAUCUCUCACACGCCUUGUAGGUUUUGUGUUUGGUCCAACAGGUGUUAUAACGUUACAAGCAGGUGAGCACCGGCCUCUUAUGUGUCAAUAAAUGGGAGGGCAUGUUUGCACAAUUUGUUAAAUGCUGUAAAAGUUAAACACCAAGCUCUAGAUUAGAGUUAACUCUGUGCUCAUGUGUGGUUAAAAACAACAACAACAACCUUGUAGCCCAGAAAUUAAAGGGACUCCUCGCUGUUGAGCAACAGCAAGAUGUGAUUGAAGCAAAGGCGGCGGCAAGAUGGCAGAAACACAGGAUCUUUUAAAUUUUACACAUUACAAAUCAGAGGUUUUAGCUGCAGAAUAUGAUACCAAAAAAAAUUGUAUUUUG